UAUAAGAACGGGGGGAACAAUGCGCCCGCGGUCCCGGCUCGGGGGCUGGCGCCGGGGUGGGGGUCCCCCCUCAUCCCUGGGGCUGCCCCUUUCCUGAGCGCGGCCCUCGGGGGGUGUUCCCGUUUUCCUCUCCGCCGAUUCCUUCCCCGUGCCGAGAUGGAGUUUGAUUCGUACCAGCACUACUUCUACGAUCACGACGCCCAGGAGGAUUUCCACCGCUCCACGGCUCCCAGCGAGGACAUCUGGAAGAAGUUCGAGCUGGUGCCCACGCCCCCGCUGUCCCCGCUGGGUGCCCCCGGGGAGAAGGGGUGCUGCUCGGGGGCGGAGGAGCGCUCGGGAUGGCUCUCCCGCUACUGCCUCGCCGGGGAAGAGCCGGAAUAUCUCAUAGGGAMGGGGCAGAUCUUCGGCAACCUGAGCGCUUUCAUCCUCAAGGAUUGCAUGUGGAGCGGAUUUUCGGCGCGGGAGAGGCUGGAGAAGGCGAUGACGGAGAAACUUUCCACGGGCACGCAGAGAGCCACCCCGCACAAACCGUCCUUCGCGCAGGAUUUUGGGUUCGGCAGCUCCGUGAGCGAGUGCGUGGAUCCCGCCGCCGUCUUCCUUUGCCCGCUGGCCGAGAGCAAGAUCCCCGCGUCCUCGGGAUCCGAGGGCCAGAGCGAUUCCGAAGGUGAAGAGAUCGACGUGGUGACGGUGGACAAGAGACAAUCGCUCAGCCUGAGGAAGCCGGUGACCAUCACCCUGCGCGCCGACCCCCUGGACCCCUGCAUGAAGCGCUUCCACAUCUCCGUCCACCAGCAGCAGCACAACUACGCYGCCCGCUCGCCGCCGGACUCCUGUCCCCCUCCGGAGUCGCCCCAGCAGGACCAGSAGGAGGAUGAGCCUCCCAGCACCGCGGAGCCGGCCCCUGCCGUGCCCCUGCCCGAGCCUGGCUUGCCAAAACCCAGCAGCGGCCCCGGCUCCGACAGCGAGGACGUGGCCAAGAGGAAAAACCACAACUACCUGGAGCGCAAGCGGCGCAACGAYCUGCGCUCCCGCUUCCUGGCGCUGCGGGAUCAGGUGCCCGGGCUCGCCAGCUGCCCCAAAACCCCCAAAGUGGUGAUCCUGAGCAAAUCCUCCGAGUACCUGCAGUCCCUCAUCAGCGCCGAGAGGAGGAUGGCGGCCGAGAAGCGGCAGCUGCAGCUGCGCCAGAGCCAGCUGCUCAAACGGAUUGCUCACCUCAAGGGGCACUAGCACCCCUGGUCCCCACCACAUCCCCRGCUCUUUCUCAAUUUGCACAUUUUUUUUUAUUUU